UUAAUAUAAAUAUAGUAUUUAAAAAACACUCACCUACCUUUCCCAUGAUCCCUCACGGUCACGCAAUGUAGACGACAAGAAGAAGAAGAAGAAGGCGAUUCACAAUGGCGGUUUGGAGAUGUAUGAUAUGUUUCGUCUUUGUUGCUUUAACUCUGAAGGUCCUCCUUAGCCACAUAAAUGCAGUUCAUGGUCGAAGUCAGGAUUUUUGGGUUUAUUGUGGAAUAGAUGGAUGUGAACAGGAUUUCAGAGUUUUUAACUCGUUCUUUCGCCACAUUAAACGGACGCACCCUCUGUAUUUGACAAAUGGAUGCCCAUCAAGAGGAUGGAGGACGACAUCUACAUCACGCUCUUUAGGCUCGGAAGUUUUUGGUGUUUCGGUCUUUGCCAACUGUAGCACUCCUGCAACAACCAGCACUGUGGAAAUAUUGACUGGUGCAUCUUUGCCUGAAACGCAGCAGCCUCAGCUUACUGGCAGUCCUGUCACCGAAGAAGCUGUUGCUGUAACAUCCACAACCAGACCUGAUAUUGCCAGAUCUGCGGCGGCUUUUGCCAUCAGUGUCAAGGAACAGUGCCACUUGUCACAGAGAAUGGUCAACCAUAUAAUCUCAGGAGUGCAACAAUAUCAAGUUGUUCUUCUGGAUACGGUGAAGGAGAGAAUGAGAAAGGUGUUUGAAGAGCAUCCUGACCUCACCACUCACUUUCAAGAUGAUGUUUUGGCUACAUUUGAUACGUUCGUGGAUCCUUUCUCCACCAUUGCAUAUGGACAACAUACGGCCACUCGGGAAGUAGUCAACCCAGAGGAAGUAGUAGUAUCCCAGAAGAUUUGCUGGGUAAAGCAAGGUCUUUCAAGGGUCAUGUCCAUAAGGAAUAAAAGUUUUUACUAUGUACCUCUAAUUGAAAGUCUAAAGCAAUUAUUGACUAAUGUGAGAAUCUUCACCAUGUUGAAUACUGCACCACAGAGAAACAGAGAGGGAUACUUUUACAAUUUUACUGAUGGGUCCCUCUUUACAUCUCACCCAUUAUUUUCUCAAAGGCCUAAUGCAUUGCAAAUAAUACUGUACACGGAUGAAAUUGAAAUUUGUAACCCCUUAGGGUCCCAUGCUUCUGCAAAUAAAUUGGUCAUGUUUUAUUAUACUUUGGGUAAUAUUGAUCCUAAAUUUAGAUCAAAGUUGGCUGCAGUACGACUUCUUGCUAUUGCUAAAGCAAAUGACAUUUCUCAGUGGGGUGUUGAUGUUGUACUGAAAAGAAUUCUUCAAGAUUUAACAUUGCUUUACAAUGGUGUAAGGAUUGAAACAUCAGCUGGUGAAACUGAGUUGUUUGGUGCUGUGAUAGCUGUAUGUGGAGACACACUUGCCCAACAUGAGGUUGCUGGCUUUAAAGUAGGAGUUGGUUUUGCUCAUAGCAAAUGUAGACACUGUGAAUGCACAUUUGAAGAUAUGCAAUGUAUUUUUGAGGAGGGGAGUUUUGUGGAAAAAACUUUGGCAAAACACAUUAGGCAGUGUCUUGAAAUAGAUAAAGCAAGCACAGAAUAUUUGAAAGCAGCACUCAAAACUACUUAUGGAAUUAAUAGAAGAAGCAGACUAGUUGAUUUUCCUGCAUUUGACCUGAUCAAACAAACUCCACAGGACAUAAUGCAUGUUAUUUUUGAAGGACACAGACUGGAGGAUGAAAAACACACGUCCUGCGGCGAGCCACAGGCAGAGGGACAAGUAACACGUCCUGCGGCGAGCCACAGGCAGAGGGACAAGUAA